AAAAGGACACAUUUAGCUCCUGCAUCCCCCUCUCCCAGACGACGAUUCUAGAACGUUGAGGUUUGCCCAUACUGCUUCUUCUCUCACCGCACAACAAGACUACAGGUGCAGACGGACACCCAGAAACAAGGCUUUCUCCAUUGCCUUGAGGCCAUUGGAUAAUACCAGUCAUGGAUGAAGAAAAUCCUGAACCUGUUCCCAGGCCACCAGAACAGAACACGGAGGUGGUCCCACCGAAAAAGUUAAAAAGCAAGAAGCCUGCCAAUAUUCUCAUCUAUUUGAUUGACAGGCAUCGGGGGAGGCCCAGAAAUGAUAUGGAUUUGUUUGAAUGGGCUUGGACACUAAAAUAGAGUCCCCCAUCCAGAAUGCAGUGGCUGUUGCUAAAAUCAUGUUUCUGUCUAAAAAGAAGUGAAAUAACAAGCCACUCUCAUGUUUGAUCCAUUAAACUAGUCUUCAUUGCAACUA